AUGCGCCUAGUGAAACCCGCUUGGUUAGAGCAUCGGGACGAACAUCGCCAAUUCGAGAUAUACUCCGUUGCGGUUUCCCCAGAUGGCUCUCGUUUGGCGACAGGCGGUCUGGAUGGCAAGGUGAGGCUGUGGUCGACAAAGGCGAUUGCUGGAGGUCCCGACUAUAAAGGACCCAAGCAAUUGUGUUCCAUGUCUACCCAUACCGGUGCCGUGACGGUGGUGAGGUUCUCUCCCAAUGGCCGGUACCUGGCCUCGGGAAGUGAUGAUCGGAUUGCUCUGAUUUGGGAACUCGACGCGACGCGGGCGCCCCGCCAGGAGUUUGGCCAACAAGGCGAGAAAGAUACCGAGGCAUGGACUGCACGCAAACGUCUUAUUGGCCAUGACAACGAUAUUCAAGAUCUUGCCUGGUCUCCUGACUCGUCACUGCUGGUAACGGUUGGUUUAGACUCUGCAAUUAUCGUUUGGAGCGGUACAACUUUUGAGAAAUUGAAACGCAUUGAUUCUCACCAAAGCCAUGUCAAGGGCAUUUCUUUCGAUCCUGCAAACAAAUAUUUUGUUACCUGCGGAGAUGACCGUACGGCUCGUAUUAUUCGCUACGCCAGAACUUCACCCACAGAGCUCACUUUUAGCGUUGAAUAUGUUGUGGAAGCGCCCUUCAAAAAUUCCCCGAUUAGCACGUACUUCAGAAGGUGUAGCUGGUCUCCGAAUGGUGAGCAUAUCGCAUGCUCUAAUGCUACCAAUGGGCCAGUAUCUACAGUGUCGAUCAUCAAUCGCGGCGAUUGGGAUUCUGAUAUUUCUUUGGUCGGACAUGAAGGUGCAACCGAAGUUGCUCAAUUCAGCCCUAAGCUAUAUGUUGCAAAUCAAGGCGAUGAUGUCAAGGAUGCAAUGUCGGUUGUUGCAUCCUCUGGUCAAGACCGCACUCUAGCUAUUUGGAACACCGCCAACCCGCGGCCCCUACUUGUCGCUCAUAACGUUAGCUUGAAAGCGAUUAGUGACCUUGCUUGGGCACCUGAUGGGCUGACACUCUAUGUUGCCUCUCUGGAUGGGUCGAUCCUGGCCGCUAUUUUCGACGGUGGUGACUUUGGCUGGCCGGUAUCAGCCGAAGUGGUACAGCAGCAGCUAUCAAGAUAUGGUGGUCAAACCUCCGAUAUGGAUAUGAUUGAAAGUGUUGAACAACUUGAAGUUGCGGAGAAGCUUGCUCAAGAUGAAAAUGGCACAUCUCAGCCGAAGCCCGAAGAAAAAACACCGGUGCCGGUCGAAAUAUCUGCUCCCGUAUCCGCGACCCCACCACCAGCGCCUGAGAUCAGCCAUCCACCAGUCGUUGCUACUAAAUCUGCUGAAAAGCCCGUCAAUGUUCUUCCUGUGCGGAAACAAAAAGUAACUGUCACCAAAGAUGGGAAAAAACGUGUGGCCCCUAUGCUAGUGACCGAAGAACCAACCGUUGGCCAUGUUGCCACGGCCCCUGCGGCUCCGGCACCCCAACUAGCACCCGAAUUUAGUCGACCGACCCAGGCCCUUCCUAGAGGAGGAGUGUCUUCUUUAGUGAUUGGUACUAAACGCAAGUCUGAGGAAGACGGGGCGGCGCCGCCGGCUAAAAAGCCCAAAGAAGAUGCUUCAUUCAUAAGGCCAGCUGUUAUUUCGCCGGCUGCUACAGUCUCUAAUGUACGGCUGGCUACACCAAAGGUGUAUACUCAUUUGAACUUUGGCGGUCAGUCUGUUUUCGAAGCUCGCAAUGGCGAUGUUCACGACCCAGCCCGUUUGACAGUAACCCAUAAUGGUCGUGUUAUUUUUGUGGACUAUAUUCCUGGCCAUGCACAUUUACUUACCGGCUCGGCAGAUACAUUCUGGGCUGCUUCGACAGACGAUGGUAUUAUUCAUAUUUUAUCCCCGGUUGGAACUCGCAUCAUUCCUCCUAUCGCUUUGGGAAGCUCAUUAACUAUUUUGGAGGCGAACAAAUCGUUCUUGGUCGCAAUAACGUCGACUGGAAUGGUUCACUCCUGGGAUAUUUCCAAACAAAGGGCUCUUUUCCCGCCUGUUUCAGUGGCACCGGUGCUGGACACCGCGUCCAAGUAUGCUGAAAACGGUCUUCUGAAGGCCCCCUCAAUCACUCAAUGUUUAAUUACCGACCAGGGUCAUAUUGUUAUCGCAUUGUCGUCAGGUGCCUGUUACAGUUACUCUAGCGACCUGAUGGCAUGGUGCCGUAUCUCCGAGCCGUUCUGGGCUUAUGGAUCGCAAUAUUGGGACUCUACAGGCUUUGCCACGUUGUUUGAUCAUACAGCAACUGGUCCGAUCUCGUUGGCUGAACGAAGAACCAACGACGAGGCACUGGUUAGGGCCGGAGCCCGAGGCAAGCAGCUACAGCGCAUGGCCAAAAACCGUAUGUUACAAGACGGAUACCAAGGAUUCGAGGACGUUGUAUCUAUUGCCCAUCUUGAGAGCCGCAUUGUGUCUGCGGCGAUGAUUGAGUCCACCUCCGAACUCAAACGCUUUGUCGACAUGUACGUUCGGCGGCUAGCUGAAGAUGGCAUUCGUGAUAAGCUGAACUUUCUGUUUAAAUUUCUCAACUCUGAGGGCAACUGGGGCGGUGCAGACAAAAAGGAGCUUUUAUCUACCGCUCUGAAAACCGCAACAGCGCAUAGAAGUGUUCAAAAUCUCGUCCUAGAGUAUACAGAGUCCGUUUAG